GGCUCUCUGAGGAGGGAAAAUGAAACACUUCUAACUUCAGCUGAGGCUUGCCAUGGAAGACUCAGAAGGACAUCACUUCAGCUCAGUGGAAGAGGAGUCUAGAUACUGGAAGGAACUGGCUAUGAAGUAUAAGCAGUGUGCUGAGACUACACAGGAGGAACUGCGUGAGUUCCAGGAAGGGAGUCGAGAGUAUGAAGCUGAACUGGAGGCUCAGCUGCAACAAACAGAGUCCAGAAACAGAGACUUGCUGUCAGAAAACAAUCGUCUGCGAAUGGAGCUGGAAUCGUUUAAGGAAAAGAUUGAAAUGCAGCAUUCAGAAGGAUACAGGCAAAUCUCUGCUCUGGAAGAGGACUUGGCACAGACAAAAGCUAUUAAAGAUCAACUUCAGAAAUAUAUUCGAGAACUUGAACAAGCCAAUGAUGACUUGGAAAGAGCAAAAAGAGCCACUAUAAUGUCUUUGGAGGAUUUUGAACAGCGUCUAAACCAGGCUAUUGAAAGAAAUGCUUUUCUGGAGAGUGAGCUGGAUGAGAAGGAGAAUCUUCUGGAGUCUGUGCAGCGUUUGAAAGAUGAAGCUAGAGAUCUACGACAAGAGCUUGCUGUGCAGCAGAAACAGGAGAAACCCAAAACACCGAUGCGAGCUACUGUGGAAACAGAAAGAACAGACACAGCAGUGCAAGCUUCCUUAUCUGUGCCUUCAACUCCUUCGGUACACCGGGCACCCAACAUGAACAUAUCCACUCCUGGGACAUUUAGGAGAGGUUUUGAGGACAGUUACAGUACAACCCCUCUUACACCUGCUGCCAGAAUAUCUGCACUUAACAUCGUGGGAGACUUGCUGCGGAAAGUAGGGGCUUUGGAGUCCAAACUUGCAUCUUGCAGGAACUUUGUGUAUGACCAGUCCCCAAACAGAACCACGGUGUCCAUGUACAUGAACAGAGAUGUCCUUGAAACGCGCCUGAGUCCUCACCAGCCUCUGUGUGAUACAGGGUUAGUGAAACGCCUGGAGUUUGGAACACGGCCUUCAAAUAUUUCAGGGUCAAUGGGCCAUCCCUCACAAGGUGUUGUCAAGAUGCUGCUGUGAAAAG